CAUGCAAACUAUCUGCUCCACCAUAGAUAAUAUUGCUUGUGCAACCACCGAUACGUUUCUCCUAUUCGGGGACUUUAACUUCCCCAAUCUUUCCUGGAACACCGAUGAUUCUAACGUUCCUGCACUGCGAAUCAAUUAUGAGAAUUCACGAAUUACGGACAACUGCCGCUCUUUGCUUGACUGCAUCUAUAGUAAUGGGCUUUCUCAGAUCAACUUUAUACCUAAUGCAUCGGAUAACAUUCUCGAUCUCAUAAUUGUCUCUGACGAGAUCCUACAUUAUUGUGCCCCACCGGUGGUGUCACCCUUCCCUAUGGUUGCCGUUGAUGUUCAUCAUCCUCCUGUUGAACUACACUUAACUGGUGCUGGCAAUACAGCUCGUUCCUGGCGUUCUACCGCACCAAACCGUGAGUCCGGCACACGUAACUACAGGCGAACUAACUUUAUCCGUCUAGCUGAACUGCUUCAAUCUACUGACUGGUCUUUCCUGGAAGGUAGUCCGGAUGUUAACUCAGCAUUGGAACUAUUUAACACAACACUACUGGCGCUUAUAUCUGAUUGCUGUCCUCUAAUGCCACCGCGUCGCAGUCCACCAUGGUCUGAUGCACGUUUACGCCGUCUAAAGCAAAACAAAGCGUCAUGCUUUCGCUUUUACAGUACAAAUGGUACACAACACUCCAAAUUAAGGUUCAUUGCUGCCCAUAAUGUAUAUAGAAGCUAUAACAGACAACUUCAUACUCGUUAUCUCAUUCGAGUGAAAUUCUCGCUCAUCAGACACCCAACACGAUUCUGGAGGUAUGUUGAAUCAAAACGCGGUAACAGCUCGCUCCCCGAUGUUCUCACAUAUAACAACGUCUCCACAAGCAGUAAGGAAGGCAUGUGCAACUUAUUUGCUGAUCGUUUCAAGGACUGCUUUACUACGGAUGAUGCAAGCUUAUCAUUAGAAGCAGCUUUAAAUAAUGUGCCCCGUGAUGUUGUUGACAUUGACGUACGCGAUAUUAUUAUCUCGGUAGAUACUGUACUACGUGCUCUGCAGCAGGUCAAAACCUCAUACAACCCUGGACCCGAUGGUAUUCCUACGGCAAUCCUUGCCAAAUGCCGCGAAUUUUUAGCAGAGCCUCUGUCUCAAAUCUACCAACUCUCUUUUGCACAAAGUACUGUACCCACGGCCUGGAAAUCCUCUGUGAUGUUUCCGGUGUACAAAAAAGGGGAUAAAAACUCUGCUGAGAACUACCGCGGUAUAACCACCUUGCCUUCUUGUGCCAAGGUGUUUGAGAUCGUCAUACAAAACUGGCUAAUGAAUCACUGUCGUUCUUAUAUUUCUACACGCCAGCAUGGUUUCUUUCCUCGACGCAGUGUUACCACAAACCUGGUGGAAUUCGUCUCCAACUGCCAUGCAGCCUUUACUUCCGGAGCUCAGAUGGAUGCAGUAUACACUGAUCUUAAGGCUGCGUUUGAUCGUGUGAACCAUCGCUUGCUGUUGGCUAAGCUCGCCCGGAUCGGUCUCUCUACUCCGCUGGUGAAUUGGUUCAGGUCCUAUAUCUCUGAACGUAGCUACUACGUACAAAUCGAUGGUGUCUCCUCUAACGUUUUCGAGAGUUCAUCUGGCGUCCCUCAGGGCAGCAACUUGGGACCACUGCUGUUCUCGCUUUUUAUUAACGACAUCACACUGGCCAUUACGGAAGCAGAUUGUCUGCUUUAUGCGGAUGAUGUUAGGCUGUUUCGUAUCGUACGUAACACUUCCGACUCUCUUUCUCUGCAAAGAUCGAUUGAUGUUUUCUCUGACUGGUGUAUCAAUAACGACCUGCUAAUUUCUGUUGAUAAGUGUACGUCAAUGUCUUUCUUUAGAAUAGCUAGUCCGAUAAGGUAUAUCUAUAGCAUAUCAGGGACACAACUACCGCGGUGCAAUACGGUCAGGGAUUUAGGAGUCACCCUGGAACGCAAACUAGAUUUCCGACAACAUUACUGUGAUAUUUUAGACAAAGCUAACAAAAUGCUAGGAUUUAUUCGUCGACAUUCGAGAGAACUCAAUGACCCACACUGCCUGUUAACUCUGUAUAAGUCCUAUGUUCGUUCCAUCCUCGAGUUUAGUUCUACAGUUUGGUGUCCAUUCUCUAGUGUUUGGUCCAAUAGAAUAGAAGCUGUCCAAAAGAGAGUUACUCGUAUUGUCCUACACUUCACUCCGUGGCGUAAUGUAACCCCUCGUCCAUCGUAUCAUACUCGUUGUUUGUUGUUUGGUCUGGACACACUUGCUAGGAGACGUGAUAAUGCCCAAUGUACGUUUUUGUCCAAACUUAUUGUCGGUGAGAUUGAUUCGCCAGAACUACUGGCUAGAGUCAACAUAAAUGUCCCUCCUAGAGUGUUCCGUAACUACAGACUAAUAAGAACUGACCUUACAAGACGUGCAUACAGCGAGAACGACCCAAUGACUGCGAUGGCCCGUAAAUUUAAUCAGCGUUACAUUUCAUUUGACUGGCACCUAAGGAGACAAAAUGGAAGAGAUCGCAACACAAUUGGUCGAGAUGAUGCGAUCCAUCACUUCUCUCCAGAACCAAUACACAGCGCUAAGCGCAAGUACCUCAUCAAGUAA